CCGUACAAAAGCAAAGUCACCAGGAAGUGAAAUGUCAAACGUUGGGAAGCUGGUAAUGGUUAAACUUUUCUCUUGUAUGAUACAUUCAGGUUAUCUUAGAAUAGUACAGACGUAGCUAAUGGCAGACUACAAUAUGACAACAGUAAAAUACUGUUUAAAAGAGUGAUGUUGGUUGAGCUGAGCAUGGGAUAGCUAGCUAAUGUCAGCCUCAGCAAACCAAACCACUAACUUACUACAGUAGUGUGGCCAGGGUCAAUGAUAUUAACAUAGAAGGGGUUAGUUAAAAAUAUAUUUUACAUUAACGUUAGCUAGCUAGCCAUAUUUAUGACUAGCUAAAAGAGAAGACGUUUUACGAUCUGAAUUCGAGAUCAAAAAUAAUGAAUCGUAAAACGUAUUUUUAUUCAUAAAUAUGGCCAUGGCAUUAACGUUACUGGACAAAACGGGUGUGUCACAGUAUUAAAAAAAAAAACACACUUGUACCUAACGUUAAAUGUAUUCUUGAUUUUGUGCAAAACGUUGCCCUUGUUAUGUAAGCUAACGUUAGUGUAACUUACUUCCUAUACCUGUCAUGAAUGUCCUGACUCUUGCCAUGCAGUUACCCAUUUACCAUAAAGUAAUGAUCCUGCGUCAUGAUGUGUAACCGCUGCUAGGUGCCGCUGUCUGCCGCUGUGUCAGGGGUCCUGGGUCUGAUGACGGGCACUGCGACUGUCCUGGCCACCAGCGAGGUCAAGAAGAAACCCGCAGCUCAGAGUCUCAGUAUUGAAGAGGUAGCUGGUAUGGCUGUCCUGUCCCCUCUCCUGUCCAGGAACAAUUAUUUGGCAGUUAUAUGAAGGGACAGAUGACAUGCGUGUCCAAUCUUAUCUGCUAAUAAGAGCUGUUUGGGUGGGGUGCAGGCUCCCACAAGCCACUUUGCAGAUACAAUUACUUGGACAGGACAACGUUACUGUAGGCUGCUCGAUUUGAAAUGUGUGUGUGUUGCAGCUCCCGUCCCUGUAUGUUACUCCAGAGCCGCAGCUCAGGUAUGUGGAGCCAGAGGUGGGGCCAGUGGAACGAGGCGUGGCCGAACUGAGGAAAUGGGCCGAGCCUUACACUAACCAGUGUCAGGUACACCUCUCUCCCUCUGUCCCCCAUACAUACAGUGCAUUCGGAAUGUAUUCAGACCCCUUGACUUUUUCCACAUUUUGUUACGUUACAGCCUUAUUCUAAAAUGUAUUAAAUACACAUCUUUCCUCAUCAAUCUACACACAAUACCCCAUAAUGACAAAGCGAAAACAGGUUUUUAGAAAUGUUUACAAAUUUAAUUUAAAAAAAUUACUUACCUUAUUUACAUAAGUAUUCAGACCCUUUGCUAUGAGACUCGAAAUUUAGCUCAGGUGCAUCCUGUUUCCAUUGAUCAUCCUUGAGAUAUUUCUACAACUUGAUUGGAGCCCACCUGGGGUAAAUUCAAUUGAUUGGACAUGAUUUGGAAAGGCACACACCUGUGUAUAUAAGGUCCCACAAUUGAAAGUGCUUGUCAAAGCAACAACCAAGCUAUGAGGUCGAAGGAAUUGUCCGUAGAGCUCCGAGACGACAGGAUUGGGUCGAGGCACAGAUUUGGGGAAAGGAAUGGAAGAAGUUUGGAACCACCAAAACGCUUCCUAGAGCUGGCCGCUUGGCUAAACUGAGCAAUCGGGGGAGAAGGGCCUUGGUCAGGGAGGUGACCAAGAACCCGAUGGUCACCCUGACAGAGCUCCAGAGUUCCUCUGUGGAGAUGGGAGAACCUUCUAGAAGGACAACCAUCUCUGCAGCACUCCACCAAUCAGGCCUUUAUGGUAGAGUGGCCAGAUAGAAGCCACUCCUCAGGAAAAGGCACAUGACAGCCUGCUUGGUGUUUGCCAAAAGGCACCUAAAGGACUCUCAGACCAUGAGAAACAAGAUUCUCUGGUCUGAUGAAACCAAGAUUUAACUCUUUGGCCUGAAUGCUAAGUGUCACGUCUGGAGGAAACCUGGCACCAUCCCUACGGUGAAGCAUGGUGGUGGCAGCAUCAUGCUGUGGGAUUUGUUUUUCAGCAGCAGGGACUGGGAGACUAGUCAGGAUCAAGGGAAAGAUGAACGGAGGAAAGUGCAGAGAGUUCCUUGAUGAAAACCUCCCCCAGAGUGCUCAGGACCUCAGACUGGGGCGAAGAUUCACCUUCCAACAGGACAAUGACCCUAAGCACACAGCCAAGACAACGCAGGAGUGGCUUCGGGACAAGUCUCUGAAUGUCCUUGAGUGGCCCAGCCGGAGCCCGGACUUGAACCUGAUCGAACAUCUCUGGAGAGACCUGAAAAUAGCUGUGCAGCGACGCUCCCCAUCCAACCUGACAGAGCUUGAGAGGAUCUGCAGAGAAUAAUGAUAGAAACUCCCCAAAUACAGGUGUGCCAAGCUUGUAGCGUCAUACCCAAGAAGACUCGAGGCUGUAAUCGCUGCCAAAGGUGCUUCAACAAAGUACUGAGUCAGAAUACUAAUGUAAAUGUAAUAAUUCCAUUUUUUAUUUUUAGUACAUUUGCAAACAUUUCUAGAAACCUGUUUUUGCUUUGUCAUUAUGGGGUAUUGUGUGUAGAUUGAUGAAAAAAAUGUAAUCCGUUUUAGAAUAAGGCUGUAACGUAACAAAAUGUGGACAAAGUCCAGGGGUCUGAAUACUUUCCGAAUGCACUAUGUCUCUUACUUACCUGUCAACUAGAACACAAUGGGUGAAUUUAGGCAAUCUCAAGUGGCAUCUCUCUCAUUUUCUUUUGGAAUCCUCAGAUUUAAGGUUUGUGGUAAUAGUUCUUGUUUUCCUGUAGGAAACGGGUCUGGUUGCCCUGGAGAAAGCCGAGGUAGGUGACAGACACUGUCUACUAAGACUAGACACACUAACAUACACACAAUGAGUUGUGACUCAUCCUAAUGGCUGGAACGGAAUAUAUGGAAUGGUAUCGAACUCGUUAAACACAUGGUUUCCACACCAUUCCAUCCCAGCCAUUAUUAUGAGCUGUCCUCCCCUCAGCAGCCUCCUGUGAUUGAAGCAUAGAUUAAGGUUCUCUCUAUCUCCUCUUUGUGAUGUCAUAUCCUGUGAAACAGGAGGUCUACAGGACUGUAGAGCCCACUGUGAGCGCCUCCAUCAGGACAGUGAGAGGUGAGAAGACACAUAUAUCAUGCAGAGACCUUCAAUAACACACCACAUUACAUACACAUAGUUAAAACGGUGUGUCCUCUCUCUGUCUCUCUUUCCUCUUAGAGACAUAUGAGUUCCUCAGUGAUCCUCCUCCUGACCUCUAUCCCAGCGUCGGGGUGAUUGGCUUCUCUGGCUUCUUAGGAUUGUACCUGGCCAAAGGUAAUGUGUGCACAACUAAUUGACCGACGUCGGUUCAAUUAUUCGGAUUCCAUUUAGUUCUUUAUUUUCUUCUGUGAGCUCAGUAUGCCAUUACUCUAGAGAGAAAUCAAAUCAAGCAAGAACUCUGCCAUGUAGUAGGAAGUUGUAGUUUCAACAGGCCAAAAUUUAACAGUCAUUAACUACAAUGACCAGAAUCCAUUGCGCACAGCUGCCACUUGUCCUGGCAUGUCUGUAGAUGGCUGGCUGGCUCCUACAGCCUGAGCAGAGAUGAGAUGAUGACUUGGAAUGAAAUAAUAAAGUGAUAAAAUAAAAAGUAGGAUACACAACUGAAAAAAAGUAUUAAAGCUAGAAUCCUUAGUUGCUACAUCCAUUGAUAUACACUACAAUAUGUGGACACCCCUUCAAAUUAGUGGAUUCGGCAAUUUCAGCCACACCUGUUGCUGACAGGUGUAUAAAAUCGAGCGCAUAGCCAUGCAAUCUCCAUAGACAAACAUUGGCAGUAGAAUGGCCCGUACUGAAGAGCUCAGUGACUUUCAACGUGGCAUCGCCAUAGGAUGCCACCUUUCCAACAAGUCCGUUUGUCAAAUUUCUGCCCUGCUGGAGCUGCCCCUGGUCAACUGUAAGUGCUGUUAUUGUGAAAUGGAAACGUCUAGGAGCAACAAUGGCUCAGCCAUGAAGUGGUAGGCCACACAAGCUCACAGAACGGGACCGCUGAAGCGUGUAGCGCAACACUCACUACCGAGUUCCAAACUGCCUCUGGAAGCAACGUCAGCACAAUAACUGUUAGUCGGGAGCUUCAUGAAAUGGGUUUCCAUGGCCGAGCAGCUGCACACAAGCCUAAGAUCACCAUGCGCAAUACCAAGCGUCGGCUGGAGUGGUGUAAAGCUCGCCGCCAUUGGGAGCAGUGAAAACGCGUUCUAUGGAGUGAUGAAUCAAGCUUCACAAUCUGGCAGUCCGACGGACAAAUCUGGGUUUGGCGGAUGCCAGGAGAACGCUACCUGCCCGAAUGCAUAUUGCCAACUAUAAAGUUUGGUGGAGGAAGAAUAAUGGUCUGGGGUUGUUUUUCAUGGUUCGGGCUAGGCCCCUUAGUUCCAGUGAAGGGAAAUCUUAACGCUACAGCAUAUAAUGACAUUAUAGACGAUUCUGUGCUUCCAACUUUGUGGCAACAGUUUGGGGAAGGUCCUUUCCUGUUUCAGCAUGACAAUGCCCCCGUGCACAAAGUGAUGUCCAUACAGAAAUGCGUUGUCGAGAUCGUUGUGGAAGAACUUGACUGUCCUGCACAGAGUCCUGACCUCAACCCCAUCGAACACCUUUGGGAUGAAUUGGAACGUUGACUGCAAGCCAGGCGUAAUCACCCAACAUCAGUGCCCGACCUCACUAAUGCUGGCUGAAUGGAAGCAAGUCCCCGCAGCAAUGUUCCAACAUCUAGUGUAAAGCCUACCCAGAAGAGUGGAGGCUGUUGGAACAGCAAAGGGGGGACCAACUCCAUAUUAAUACCCAUGAUUUUGGAAUGAGAUGUUUGAAGAACAGGUGUCCACAUACCUUUGGCCAUGUAGUGUAUGUACACAUUGAUUCUUAAAGAAUAUAACUUAUAAAUGCCACAUGAGCUUAGUUCAACUGUCGUACCCCGUCAGAACCCAAAAUAGAAGCUUGUUUUACUCCAAUGUUUGUAAACAAUGUCUAAAUGUAAACACUGUUUAGCCUCAACUAUACUUUCGAUAUCAUGGAUGGUCAGUACUUGCAUCCAUGCCUCUGUCUAUGAAUUUGAGAGUGGUUACAUUUCUCCAGGCCCAUCCCUCACCUUUUUACCACAUUCUAGCUUUAAAGUAAUGUGAAUAAAUGACGGUUAAUAAGUGAUAAGCAGUAAUGGGCAGUCACUACCAUCAUUGGACUUUUAUUAAUUGUUUAAUUUUGUGUUGUUACAGCAUUCAACCCACAAUGCAUUUAUUGUAAAAAAAAAUAAUAAUAAUAAUCUAAAUCUAAAACCUUGACUAUUUUUCUAAAACCAAACUGAAACUGAACCGACCUCAAAAAGCAGUAAUCGCUCAGCACUAUUCUUGUCUCUAGGUUCCAGGGUGAAGAGGCUGGUGUUUCCUGUCGGGCUGAUGGCUCUUACUGCUUCCAUGUUCUACCCCCAGCAGGCUUCCUCCUUAACCAAGGUCUGUGUGUGUGUGUGUGGUGCAAUGUUAGUGUUUUCCACCCCUUUUUCGCCUCUCUCCCCAAUGGGAAGGGCUGUGGUUUCCUGUAGGAAGUUCUGGCUGUGAAAUAAGAGUGUUUGUGUGUGGGGAGGGUAUGUGAUUGAUAGUCUGCCCUUUUGGUUUCAAAGCAGGGUGCCCUAUUCUGGUGUGGAUUCCUGGGAUAUUUUAGGCCUGUUUAAUGUUGUUGUCUGAGAGAGGCACACCCAGAGAGAGAGAGGAUACAGGUGUGUGUUUCUGUGUGCCACAACACAGCCAGAUCAGACCGACAGGGGGAUGAGAACAGAGGAUGAUAUAGAAGCAGGAUAGGAAAGUGAUGAUUAGACAGCAGUUCCGAGUUGAGGUAGGAUGGAAAGCUGUGACCUCUGACUGGUCACUGGGGGUGUUUUAAUGGCUGUAGUUCUGUGAGUUUUGUGUUUGUGACAUUUUGGGACACUAGAAGUGUUGUUUAUGGGCACUAAAUCUGUCAGAUGGUUUGUCUGAUUGAGGUCAGGACUCCUAUACUCUACUGCCCCAUGUACACGUACACACGCACACACACACACACACACACACACACACACACACACACACACACACACACACACACACAAUGUUUGAUGUUUCCAUUCCAUAUUUCCAUUUUGUGUGUGGUUGUCUCCAUCUCAGGUGAGCAGGGACUCUGUGUACAGCUGGAGUCAGCAGGGUCGGGAUGCUGUGGAGACGCUCUGGAAGGACCUGCCGUUUGGCAAGGGCAAGGUUAGUCAUCAUGACAAGGAAUCGAGGAAAGAUGUUUGACAUUCAGCUGAGGGUGUGUUCAGUAAAAAUGAAGUGUAUUCCUUCUUCCUGUUUCCCCUCAGGCAGGCUGAGAAGACCGAGGACAAGAGCACUGCUAGCUGA